AUGGAGGAAAGUGUAAAUUGCUUGAACCUUUCCCUGGACAAGAACUUGGCCUGGGAAGAGCACAUUAGUGCCCUUGUGGCCAAAGCUGAUGUCCGAGGGUUUAUGCUCAUCCCAGCAGCUAUAUCAGGCCUCAGUGGUGGAAUGGUGGCUUUCCUCAUGGCCAUAUUCAGUUACAUUGGAGACACAACACCUCUGGAGACUCGAUCAGCUCAUGUUGCCUUAACCGAUGCGUCUUGGUAUAUGGGUGCUCCAUUAGGCAUGUUGGCCAGUGGAUAUAUCUAUAAGCGUUGGGGAUCAGUUGCAAUAUUUGGAACUGGAGCAACAGUAAUUUUCUUGGCCCUGAUCUAUGUAACAAUAUACAUAAAGGAACCCCACAAUGCCGAGAGGAAAACCUUCAAGGCAUCUUGCACAAGACUCUGUCAAGGACAUCAUGCUAGGGACUGCCUGAAAACUGUUCUCAGGAGAAGAGAUGGUUAUCAGAGAACCGAGAUUCUAUGCCUCUUGGUUACUAUGUGCCUUUGGCUCAUCCCUUUUUCAGGCACUAAUGGUAUUGAUUACCUGUAUACAAAGAUGAAGUUUGGCUGGGAUGAACCAACAUAUACUAUCUUUGGUGCUGUCUCCAUUGCCUUUGCAGUUGCAGGGACUGUGAUAUUUGUGCCCAUCCUGAGUUACAAGCUGGAAAUGCCUGACUACCUUCUUGGCAUUCUAGCAUCCAUGUCUUACUGUGCAGAUAUGCUAGUACUUGGAUUUGCUGUUUCUUCAUGGCACAUGUACUAUGUGAAGAUCUAUUCAGUCUUAGCCUCCUGUGAAGCUGCUAUCCCUUUGUUUGCCAGUGCCAUCUACACUCAGCUCUACUCUGCCACUGUUGCCACAAUUCCUGGUGCCUCCUAUUUCUUGUGUGCUGCUAUCACCAUCCUCCCACUUAUCAUGUUCCUAGUGCUUUGGGGACUUGAUCAAAAAGAUGGAGGUUUCCACUUUGCUCCACUGGACUCUGUCAACACUUUGGGCGAGGACACCAUCCACUCGGCUACUGGAUCCGGUGUAGAUGCUUGAUCCAUUCAUUGCAUAUGUUGCCUGACAUAAUUGCAUCAUUUCUGGCAUCUAUCAGAGGUUGUCUCUUGUUUAUCUCAUACCAUUCUGUCUUUAUUUUAUUGUUUUCAGUAUUUGACGACAUGGUAAUGAUGACUGGUAUUGUAUGAUGAAUUUGUGAAGUUAAUAAUUCUCAUAAAGGUGGCAGAACCAAGAAAACGUAUUAUUUCCUACGAGUAAGACACUUUAAUAUCUCAAGCUGAGGUUCCUCUUCAGUACAAAGACAGCAUAUAGACUUGUUUCUAUCAUUAUAUUCAAAAGAAGG